AUGCCGGCGGACUAUGAGUCCACAGCACGGGCAUUGGCCCUUUCGCCAUCUUCCGAACUACACACGGCUUCCGCUAGCGACGAUGAACAACCACUCUGGAGCCGGGCGGGCAGGCGGGAUUCUGCUCGGCCCGAAUCAGGCAACCUCCGCGACAGAAUCAUGAAUAAAGGCAAGGCCCUCUAUCACCAAGCAACAGAACGCUGGAAUCGAAUGACAUUUUGGCAAAAGAUCGGCUUUUAUGUUGCAUCGAUCUUCGCUGCGGCUUUGGGCAUCGGUUUCUUGGUUUUGACCAGCAAGGUGUUCAUCUGGCUUGGCCCGGUCGCAGAAAGAUGGGAGAAGUCUCCGCUCGUCGCCUUUGUGCUCUGGCUAUGUGUUUUUUUCGUCUCGUUUCCGCCAUUGUUGGGUUGGUCGACUUUUGGCACUGUGGCGGGAUUCAUCUUCGGCGUUUGGAAAGGAUGGUUGAUCUACGCCACAGCCACCAUUCUCGGGUCUACCGCCUCGUUCUAUGUAUCCCGCACGGUACUAUCGAAAUUUGUGGCUCGUCUGAUGGAACAUGAUAAACGGUUUGCGGCGCUGGCCUUGACUCUGAAAUAUGACGGGCUAAAGCUGCUCUGUAUGAUCCGCCUGUGUCCCCUGCCCUAUUCCAUUUGCAACGGCGCCAUUUCAACGUUUCCGACCGUCCAACCUUUAAUGUAUGGACUGGCCACGGCCAUCAUCUCGCCCAAAUUGUUGAUCCCGGCCUUUGUCGGCAGUCGGGUGCGCCUUCUGACCGAAAAGGGCGAAGAAAUGAGCGCCGGGGCCAAGGCAGUUAACAUCAUCAGCAUCAUCGCUACAGUUACCAUUGGCGGCGGCACCGCUUACUACAUCUACAAUAGAACCCUGGCUCGUGCGAAAGAACUCGAGGCAAAGGAACGUGACGACAUUAGAAACUCCUUGCAAGCUGAUCAUGCUGCCAACCGCCCACAUGGCCGAUUCGCGGAUGAUGAUGACGCCAAUGCCGCGGCUAAUGAACUCGCCCGGGACGAGGAGGAACGGAUCGGUUUCAACGAUUUCGACGAUGACAACGUCGAUCUUGACCUGGCCCUGGGUGACAGUGACAGUGAGACAGACAAACGCCGGUGGAAGAAAUCGAAUAGGCGAUCAUACCAUGAUGAGUUUACGGACAAUGAUUCUGACGAGUACACCGGCGAUGGAGACGAGGCUUUCGGUCUACACUCUCAUGUCCAACGUGAUUCCUAG